UUGACAAUAAUGUUUACGUUUUGUUUGUUGUUGUUCUAAUUCAAUAUUUCUAAUAAAAUUUACUUCUAAAAUCAUGUGUUUAAAUACAAGUUAUAUAAAAUUAUUAUUAGCUUAUGGCUGACAUGACAGUUUUCCGCCAAUUAAAUAUGAAUCCGGGAUAAGUUUUCCAUCAAUCAACGUACCUUAAAGGCAAAAUGGAUAUAUAAAUAUGUCAGACGGAGAAGGUACUUCUACUCAAGAGCAACAAGUGGUUGUAGAAUAUAAAGAGGGUGAGCUAGAGAUAGUUGAAUAUGACAAAAGUGAGGGAAGUCAUAUGUUAGGAGAAUCAUCGGAAGGCGGUGAUGAUUUCAAAUAUAUGCAAGUUGUGGAUUCAUCGGGAAAAAAUGUUGUACUUGAUUUACUUAACAUGACUUUGAUUAAGUGUGAAAAUGGAGGAGAUUCCUAUCAAUUAGUGUCGAGUAGUUCAGACUGUGGUGAUUCAGAGACUGUCACAUGCAUAUUGUCAAAUGAUGAUGGGGAAGAAGAUCAAUACAUGGUGAUGGAUGGUGAUAAUGGUUCGCUUGUUUAUUUGGAGUCGGAAAUCGGGGAAGCUGAAGAGACACAGCCGGAAGAAAAACCUGUAGAGAAACAGCCUCAAAAACCACAACAGCCUAGUCCACAGUUUAUAUUGGAACGAGCGAAAGCUUUGCAAGCAUCAAAAACAAUAAUGUCAAACCUACAACGUCGAUCCCGUGGGGGGCGAAGACGCCGUGGAGCCCUACCGCCCCCCCACGAGUUACUCGCGUUACCUCAGUUCCGUCUGUACCUGUACUCGUGCAAGCUGUGCCCGUUCAAGUGCAACGCUGUUCGCGAGCUCUCCGCGCACAAGGCAGCAGAACACACGGGCGGGGGCAAGUGGAAGGCCGGGGGCAGGUCGGGCAGCAUCGCGCUACAGUGCCCGCGCUGCCCGUUCAGGGGCAACACGCAUCUGCAGUUAUCAAAACACAUGUUGGAGGAGCACCAUAAGAAUAAGAAAAAGGAUGAUCAAGAUUACGUGAUAUUCGGUAACAAAGUAUACCUCAGUAGCGCAGAAGUGGAAGCGGCUGAUGUUCUCGUGUGUGGAGCGUGCGGGUUCGAGUCCAGUUCGAAGCUAGAAUUCAAGAAACAUAUUGAGGAGGAACAUGAUGCUACUGCGUGUUAAUAAAGUUUAAAUAUUU